CAAGUUUGGCGCGCUGUUCAAAACAUAUCGCCGUUUGACAUUUGCCGCUGUUAUUUGACUAAAGGACAGGUGUUACACCAGACUGAAAUCCGUACCACAUUUAUUGUGCUUGUGAUAUGAGGAUGUUAUCCCGAAAAAGAAAGCAUGGCUCUCCUGACGCUGAGAGUAACCCAUCUAAGAAGCACAUAAUAAGCCCAAACAAUUCUCCACGGAGAAGGUCCACUCGACAAAAAGAGAACAUUCCUGUCUUUUUAAUGGCAUCACCCCAAAAGACUCAAGCCUCAUCACAUUCUCUCAGUACACCCCCAAAAAUGCAGAGGUUCUUUUCAUUAGAAUCUCCCCCGAAAAGAGCCUCGCCAUGCAAAACAACUUUGGGAGCGGGGUCCUUCUACAGCAAGAAGAAACCUCAAUAUCUCACACCUCUUGAAAGGAAACAGUUAAAAGAAGCCAAAUCUCCACCGUCAAUCUCAGACAAUGGCCCAUCACACCUCUCUUCAACUGCUGGGAACCCUAUUAAAAAAGCAGUGUGUAAGGUUCCAAAGAAAGGCAGAGUCACCGGUCCCCAGUCUAACCCGAAAGCUUACUUUAAUGCUAAACCCAAGACAAAGAGUCCAUCUGACACAAAAACAAAUCCAUCAAAGGUCAUACAGGAGAAAUCUCAAGCCCUUUUUACAUUUAACAGUAUGAAAUCCAAAGGCAAACUCAAACUUGUUGUGGGAGCAGCUUUCUUCAACACUGGAAAGAAGCCCACUUCAAUGUUCAAAAAAUCUGCUCAAAACAAACCCAAGCAAACUUCAAGCUAUAUGAAACCCAAUACUAAGAAACCCUUAAAGGAAAAAAAAGUGACAACAGCACCAGUAGAUCGUUCUCCAGUCCUUUGUGCCGUCUUCUUAGAAAAGGACAUGGAAGGGCCAAAAACACCAAGUAAAGAUGCCAGCAAUGAAGUUGUGGAGUCAAGUAAGUCAACAAUGAUGCCGUUAAGUCCUUCGCAGUUGUCCCCUCGUGAACUGGCUGGUUUGCAUGGCAUUACUAAAGAACUAAAGGUGGUUUUGAGAAGAUCUGUUAGCCCCAACAAGUCAUAUUGCUCUGAAGUUGCUAGUCAGGACUCACCCACAAAAGCUGAUUUGGUGUUUGAUGUGAGUGACAUACCUCCACCAGAUCAAAACACUUCUCUUGAAGAAGAAUCAUCUCUGUAUCCCAUCUUUGGCACUAAAAGAUCUAACAAAAAAGGGACUUUGUCACCUCCACUGAACACCAGCACCCCAUCUGCACUGACUGGAACCCCUGCUUUCAAAGCCAAAGAGAGGAGUGCCAUGAGACGGGAAAUGAAGAAACAGACAGAUAACCAGCUCAUUAUUGAUGCUGGUCAGAAGCAUUUUGGGGCUACCACUUGUGGGUCCUGUGGCAUGCUGUACAGUACCGAUAGUCCAGAGGACAACUUCCAGCACACACAAUUCCAUCAGCGCUUUCUGGAUACAGUAAAAUUUGUGGGCUGGAAAAAAGAGCGGGUUGUGGCCGAGUUCUGGGAUGGAAAGAUAAUUCUUGUUCUUCCUGACGAUCCAAAAUAUGCAACUAAAAAGGCAGACGAUGUGAGACAGAUAGCAGACAGUGAAUUGGGCUUCCAGCAGGUCAAUCUCAGCAGUCCCAGCUCAGCUAAAACCUACCUGUUCAUUAACCACGACAGAAUGGUUGUGGGAUGUCUGGUGGCUGAGAACAUUAGACAGGCAUUUAGGGUGCUGGAGCAGGCAGAGGAACCCAAAGACAUGAGCAAAGAGGACUUCAUGGAGCACCACAGAACCUGGUGCUGCUCCACCUUGCCAGAAAAAGCCAUCUGUGGCAUCAGUCGUAUCUGGGUCUUCAGUCUGAUGAGAAGGAAGGGCAUCGCCACUCGAAUGCUGGACACUGUCAGGACUUCUUUCAUGUAUGGUAGCUACCUGACCAAAGAGGAAAUCGCAUUUUCUGACCCUACACCAGAAGGCAAGCUAUUUGGCACAAAAUACUGCGGGACACCAACAUUUCUGGUUUACAACUUUAUCAGCUAAAAGAAAGAUUGCUUCUAGGUUUUAGUUCGACCACAUUUGUUAAUGAUAUUGUGAAUUGAUAAAAUAAACUGUUAGAUGUUAACAUGCAGUUUAAUCUAUAAGAUAAAUAUCCCCUACAUUGUUCCAGCUUUUUUACUUUGAGAACAUCUUUGUCCUACUCUUGAGUUUUAUUUUUGAUGUGAUUUCAUUAAUUCGUAUUUGGGGAAAUAUUGUGUCUUUAAUGAAUGAUUCAGAGUUCUGUCAUCAUUUUUCUCUGUUCAAGUGUUGUAAGGUGAACCAAAACUUUCAAUUGAAAAGCUCUGUUAUUGAGUUUGUACAUAUUUUAAAUAAAUGUUCUUACAUGUUUUGUAUUUGUAGA